AUGAUAAGUAAUAAAAGAAAAGAAAUCGAAAAUAUUAAUCGACAUCAUGAAAAAGAUAAUGAUGAUGAUGAUAGUGAUGGCAUUGAUAAUGGUUUAUUAACUUAUAAAAAGUUUAAAAAAGAUUUUGACAGUGGUUCAACAAAUUACAGAGAAUUACAAAUAAUUGCAAAAUCAUUAGGUUUAGCAAGUAAUGGUAAAAAACAAUUAGUCUAUAAUAGAAUUGAAGGUUAUUUUUUAUCAAAAAAAGUAAAAAACAAUCUUACAAAUAAUGAAACCAAUCAACAAGAAGAAAAAAAAGAAGAGGAACAACAACAACCACAACCACAAGAAAAACAAUAUAUAUUAACAUUUAAAGAUGUUGAACCAGUUGAAAUUUAUUUUUGGAAAGUUUUUAGAAAUAUAGUAAUAUUUAAACACAUAUUUUCAAAUUUUAAAAAUAAACAAUAUGGUUAUUAUGAUUUAAUUGGUUGUAAUGGAGUCUUUUUAAAUGGCAAAAGUAAUUCAAUGGAAAUAAUUAUAGAUAAUAUUAAAAGUAAUAAUAAUAAUCAAAUAAUAAGAAAUAAAUACAAUAUUACCAAUAUUAUUAAUAAAUUUAAAAAAAAUGAUGAGAAAACAAGAUCAUUUUAUAAUUUAUUAUUUUCAAGAUAUUCAUCAACCUCAACUUCACUACCAAUACAACUAUCUUCAACUAUUCAAUUCGAUGAAGAUAUUGAUAAAUGGAUUCAAAGAAUGAUUGAAAAUGUAAAUUUUACAGCACUAGAUCAAUUUAUCAAAUUUUUUAAAAUCGAUUCAGAAGUUAUUAAAAAAGCUAUAAAAAUUCAUGUUAAACCAUCGGUCUUUGGUAAUACUACAUAUGAUAAAUUAAAAAUUUACAAUUACUUAAAAUCAAUUAAUAGUAUUCCAACAUCACAUAAAUUAUUGCCAUUCAUUAGCACCGAUUUAUCAGCAUUUCUUUCAUUCGAUAAUAAAUUUAAAAAACUAAUAAAAUCAUAUAAAAGAUUAAUAGAAUCAACAAACUUACAAGAACGAAUGGAACAACAAGAACAAAAAGAAAAAAUCAAAAUACACCCUAAUAAUAAAAAGUAUUAUGAAAAAUUAAAUCAAAAAAUAUUAGAAUUAAAUGAAAUACAAACAUCACAAUUUACAAAUGAUCAAUUAAAUUCAACAAUUAAAAAUUUAUUAAAUCAUACCACUCCAACCUCAACCUCAACCUCAACCUCAACCUCAACCUCAACCUUAACCUUAACCUUAACCCCAACAACCAAUUUAACAAUAACAACAUCUACAGCAAGUAAUAAUAUUAAUUUAAAAGAUAUUAUUAAAAAAUUUUAUAAAUCAAUUUGUUUAUUUUUCUAUUGCUCAGUAUAUUCAGCAAAUGAAAGGCUUUUUAGAAAACCAUUACUCUAUUAUUUAAAUUUUAAAAAAGAAAGUGUAGAUAAAAUGUAUGAGCGUGUUGUCAAUAAAUGGAAUGGUAGAAGUUUUGAUCAUCAAUUAUUUUUUCAAAGCAUAUUAAAAGAUAUAAACAUUGAAAAAAAUGAAAAAUUCGAAUUAAUAUUAAAUGUUUUAGAUAAUAAAUAUGUGAAAACUUUUGAAGAAUAUGAUCAUUAUAUAUUUUUUAAAGCAGUAUUUUCAAGUAAUGAUAUAGAGUUAAUAGAUUAUUUUUUAAAAAAAAUAAAGCAAUUACAACUUAAUCAAACACAAAAAAUAACUAAAUAUCCAAGCAUUGGUAAAUUAAUAGGCGAUUAUUGUCAUCUUAUCGAUAAAAAAGAAAUAUUAGACUUUUAUUUUCAAAAUUACAGGGAUGAAUGUUUAUUUUUUAAAGAUCAAAAUGAAAUUUGGAAACAAAUUCAAUUAGAACUUAUUGAACAUUAUGAAUAUUUAAUGGAUAGUAUUGGGAAAAGAUGCAAAUUAGAUUUUUAUCGUUGGUUUGAUCAAAAUUUUUUAGAUCGAUUAAAUAUAGCAAUUUUAAAACCAUCAGUAUAUUCAAUUGGUUUUGAUGGUUAUUUUGAUAUUGUUUCUGAAGGGCUAGUUGAUUCGAAUAUAAAAGACAACAAAGAAAAUUCAAUUAUUAACUUUUUAUCAAAUGCACAAUUAAAACAUCCAUUGAGUUUGGAAAUUUUUGAAUCUAGUUUUAAUCCAUAUACAAGUAAAAUGUUAACUUUUAUCAAGUUUUUAUUUAAUAAUAUUUCAAAAGAAUCAAUUGAAACAAAGUUAAAAGUAAUUAAUUUAAAAACUGAUAAUAAAAGCUUUGAAGAAAUUAAUAGUAAAAUUGAACUCACAACCACAUUGACAGCCACAACAACAACAACAACAACAACAACAACAACAAAAACAACAACAACAACAACAACCACAGCAAAUCUUUUAUCACCUAAAAAGAGUAAAGAUGUUGGAUGUUUAACUAUUGGUAAAACAGAAUCAUUCAAUUUUACAAUUUCAAUCAGAAUGUUAUUAGUUUGUCUUUACAAUUUAGAUAGAGUUGAUGAUAUUAUUUAUCUUUUUGAUAAAUUACCAGAGGUUUUAUUUAAUCCUGAUUAUUUUUCAAUUUUUACAAAUGAAUAUUGUAUAUAUGGUAUAUCAUCAAGUUAUUACCUUGAAUUAUUUAUCAAUUAUUUUAUUGCAAAUAUAAAUGAUAAUACAAUCAAUUAUCUUUAUAAUUGUCUCUGUAUUGCAUCUAAAAAAGGCUACACUCAAAUAUUUAAAAACAUAAUAUCAUCCGAUCAAAACAGUAAAUAUUUAUUAAAAAUUCAAACUAAAUCAAAUCAAUCGUCAUUAUUUAAUUCAAAAUUAUUAAAUGAUAUAGUUGUCAAAUCAAUAAAUUCAUUAAAUUUUGAACUAUCAAAUCUAUUAAUAGAUUUUAUUGAUUUCUCUGCAAAAGAUAAAAAUUCUUUAAAAAUGAAAAUAUUAAAAUUAAAAUAA